AUGUCUAUACAUUCAGUAUCUAGAAACCAAUCUCACCUCGUUUGGGAUAAUAGCAUUCAGCCGAUACUACGAGUCAAAUCAGGCGACACAGUCAAAUUUGACUGCUUGGACGCCUCCAAUGGUCAAAUUAACCCAGAAACUACUGUCACCAGCGUGGCUUCGCUCGUUUUUUCUAACCUUGACCAAGUUAACGGACCAAUCUUCGUCGAAGGUGCUCAACCAGGAGAUACACUCAAAGUAGAAGUGCUCUCAAUAGAAACAGCCGACUGGGGAUGGACUGCCUGUAUACCUGGCUUCGGUUUACUAAACGAUGAAUUUCUUGAGCCCGCUCUGAAGAUUUGGAAGCUCAACAAGAAAGAAGGGUUUGCAUAUUUUGAUGAGGCGAAGGGUAUCAAAAUCCCUUUGAACCCUUUUGCUGGUGAAAUGGGGGUUGCGCGGAAGGAGAAGGGCCCUUUUUCCACGAUUCCACCAUACAACACUGGCGGCAACAUCGAUACGAGACAUGUCACUGCUGGUGCAACCUUAUAUCUACCAAUAGAGGUCGAAGGUGCACUAUUUUCGAUGGGUGACGGUCAUGCUGCUCAAGGAGACGGAGGCACGGCUAUCGAAACUCCCAUUGUUGCGGAACUCCGUUUUAGCGUCUUGAAGGACAGACCAUAUACCAAAACUCCUCAUUUCAGAACGCCAUCCAUCAACGUAUCCGAUGAGAAGUACUAUUGUACAACAGGGGUAGAAACGGAUCUUCGAGAAGCAGCACGCUCAGCCGUUCGCCAUAUGGUCAUGUAUCUUGAACAAGAGUACAAACUAGAUCAUGUCGAAGCUUAUAUGUUGUGCAGCGUGGCGGCAGAUUUGAGGAUGCAUGAAGUGGUUGACAUGCCCAAUUAUCUUGUGGGAAUGAUGAUGCCUAGCUCAAUAUUUUCACAGCAGCAUAACUAA